UAAUAAUACCAAGUGGAUUUCGGCAGCUAAAUACUCUUCUGAAGAAGAAGACGCAACAACAUCGACAGCAGCAGAAGAAUAGCUAACGCUACUCACUGGUCGGAAAUAUCGCCUUUCUCCACCGUGCUUGUGUGGCUUCAGAUGUAUAUUGAUCAACAUGUGUGAUACAAUGGAGACCUGCAAUUAUGCCACAGCCCAGAAUGAUGCUGGUGGUGACUGGAGAUGAUUUUGGUUACUGUCCAAGGAGGAACCAGGGAAUUGUGGACUGUUUCCAGGCUGGAGGCAUUUCCAAUGUAUCACUGCUGGUUAACACCACUGCUGCAAAGGACGCAGCUGAUCUAGCUAAACGACAUAACAUACCUGUUGGCCUCCAUGCCAACCUGUCUGAGGGCAUUCCAGUAUGUAAAAGUGUCCAGCAGGCCUCCACUCUGAUAAACCACCAUGGCUUCUUUCAUGGGAAGAUGGGCUUUCGGCAGGCCCUGGAGAGAGGUCAACUCAGCAUGAAACAGGUGGAGCUGGAAUUGAGUGCCCAGGUCAGAAAAUUCAGGGAGCUUACAGGUCACCUGCCAUAUCACAUGGACGGGCACCAGCACAUCCAUGUACUUCCAGAGGUGCGUGAGGUGUUUGCACAGGUGCUGUCCGAUUUCAGCAUUCCAUACACUCGUGUUCCAGUGGAGCCAGGUUUACACAGCUGCCCGUGGCUGCCAGUGCACCUUCAAAGAUUCUGUACACAGGUGGAGAAGGACGCCUUGGACUCCAUCCCUGUGUUCACACGCUAUGGAAUCAGGUGGCCAGAUGUGUACCUGGGAUUGACCACAAUGGGUCAGAACAUGUCUGUCCCCAACCUGCAGAGGGCCCUCAGCCAUGCUUUGGCUGCCGGGCAUUCAGGCACUACCUCCAGCAGUGCAUCAGGUUCAAAUCAAUCUGUGGUCACGGCAGAGCUCAUGGUUCACCCAGGUUACCCCAGUCACCCAGAGGAAGGAGGCUGUGGAGAGGGUCCUGAUGAUUUCUCCCAGUCAGCGGACAGACAGCAUGAGCUGACCGUGCUUAGAGAACCAUCCCUGCUGACCCUCUAUAGUCAGGAGAGAGUGCAGCUCUGUGCAUUCAAAGACCUCUGACUACUGCUGUGUAAGAAUCUAAUGUGAACACUACACUACUGCAGAGAGCAAGCUGGAAACCUUAUCUUCCAGGUUCUGUUCUAGUGGUAAAAGAAAAAUUAUUUCUGAGUCAAAUUGACAUUUGCUAGAAAUCAGCAUAAUCCUAUAAAUGUAAUUUGCAGUAUGUUUAAUGAAUACGGUUUAACCCAAGGCAGUCACAGCUUCACAGACAGAAGCAUAUAGAUUGAGAGCUAUGAAUUAAGUUGUCUCUGUAGUCCAGCCAGAGUGUUGGCUGCAACAAUAGUACAUCUUCUCUUUUUUAAACCCAGUUCCCUAGUAUAAAAAGUUGUUCACAUUUUGUCGUCUUGAUAUUUCUGUUAGCUGAUUUUACCUUCAAUAGGAGACUGCACUAAGAUAGAGAGGCUACCCAGGGAGUACCAUCAACCAUUUACAACCUCUGAGUAAAUGUGACUUGAGCACAGAAGCACUUCAAAUACUAAACUUGCCUACAAAAUGGAAUGAAUUGUUCUAAGGUGUUUGUUAAAGUUUGGAUGUUUAAAUGGUUUUAUAUUUAUAUGGCGCUUUCUAGUCUGCCGACCUUAAGGUUGGAGGACGACCGCUAUACCCCUCAGCCACUUUAAGACAAAGUUAGUUUUUUUAUGCAAGCCAUACUGAGUGCUGCUACACAGUACUCUGAUACAAUUUAUUGCAAUACCUGCAUGCCCUCAGUUUCACAUAUCAUUACAACUUGGGGUCUGUAGUGUGGUUUUGUUCAUUAUUAUACGCUGUACUUAGCCAAUACAGUGUAGAAGUAAAGGGCUGAGAUCUAGGAACAUAGUGGUACAAUACGGUCCUUUGAGUAUUCAAAUAAGUCCAGGUAAUAAACAAAUAUGAGCAGUCAGAUGAUCAGGCAUGCCGGUGAGACAACUUCAUUUAGUUCAUUUUCAUCAUCCUUCAUUUUAUUGAUCCAUAAUCUGCUUCAUCCUUGACCUGUUGUACUCACUGUAGCUGUGAACACACAGGGGCAAUGGCGGAUUAUUAGAGCUGGGUACACUAACAUUAAGUGGUUUAGUUAGAUUUGAAUAAACCCUUGGUUUGUGUUGACACAUUGUCUGACCUCUCCAUAGGGAUGCCACCAUGUUUCUAGAUCUCAGCUUUAACUUGGUGAUUAAACAGAUAUUGUUAUUGACUAAUCAAAGUAUACCCAAUUGUAAUAACCUGUAGUUUUCCUUUAAGUGAAUUAGGAUCUGAUCUUGAGGUCCUGCUUGAAAAUAUAUUUCAAGACCUCCAUUAUGUCAGCUUUGUCCUUAAGUUUUGAAAAUUGCUUCAUGUGUAUGUUUUAUAAAAUUACAACACAGAACUUUAUGGUCAGGUAUUAAGUAUUGAAUCUUAGUAAAACGGGCUAACAAUGCCCCUGCAGUGUAUUCAUUUCUCGCGUGUCUAACAGAUGAAUCUUAAUAUUUGUGUGGUUUUUCUUUAAAGGGUGAAGGGAUGAUUUCUAAUGAUCCAAGGUCUGUACAGCACAAGUAGCGACGAACAUCUCGUCAGUGUGUGUCUAAGGGAAUACUAUUUUAACAUUCACAUUUAAAAAUCACCUGUAACAGUAUGUUUGUAAUUUUUAAGGCCAUUGUCUGUAUAUCUACAGUAGAAUUUAAUAUUUCUUUCCUAACUUAAUAUUUUAAUUCUGUGAUUGUUUUUUUGUAAUCAGCAAGCAGCAUUUAAAACUGAAUCGUCAAUAUAAAAUAUGAUAUCCUCCAUGGUUUUCAAGGGACUUAGGUUCUGUCUUGGUGACAGGGUCUGGUAGUGGCACUCAGGAGUUAGAAAUUAUUUGAAAGAAAUGUUAUAUUGUUUAAACAGAGAUUUUAUUUGUUUCCGGGCUGUGAUGUAUUUCGAAAACCCAUAUUUAUAGAUCUUGAUGAAUGCACUUUUUAAAAUAAUCUCUUUAAAAAUAAUAAAUUCCCGAAGGGAUUAUAAUUCAUCAAGCAAAA